AUGCCGGGAAGCACAGGCAUUAGAAUGUCCUUCACUUUGUUACGCUACCUGAUACUAAUACUAAACAUCUGCAAUGCCACAGUUUCUGCUAGCUCAAUGGAUGUGCUUUCGGCCGAACACCGAAAUUCGAAUAUGGACGCCGAUCUAGCCUCUUUAUUGACUUCCAAAAGCCACCAGCGUGAAGUACUAUUUUCAGAUGCACUUGGACUUCUGCAGACAAUGCAGACUCUUCCAUCUUGCCAUCAAAUGGCAGUUUCCAAACUGGUUACUUCCUGCCAGUCGAUCGGGGGCAGAUCUGACAAGCCGGACCCACACACAUUUACGACGCUGGAGCACAUCCGCUCGAUUUACGCGGCAAGACUUGCCAUAUGUGAGCUCAAUGAAGCGGGUGCUGCAGUUCCCACUUCAUGUCACCCUAUAACUAUGCGGCUGCCGCAGAAGAAAGGGCUCUUCGGGCUGUCCACCGGUUAUAAGAUCCACUUCAAUGCUGCAGAAACCGUAACCAAAGGACAAUUGGAGUCCUGCCUCCGUUCUCUAGAGUCACGGCCCCAGUGGUGGACAUCUUAUAGUAACAGUAGGCAAAAUGCCGUGGUUAUAUGCCAAGCCGCCAGGUUUGAGAAUGAAAGGGAGGAAAUUAUUGAACUCCACCGGUCUAUUGUUGAAGGCACGAUAAAGCUUGAUCAUGGGCUUCAGGAAGCAUUGAAAGUGGCCGCUACUGGGCUUUCUCAAUAUAAGGAGUUCCUGCAAUUAGUCGAAGCCAUGAGAAGCAAGCUGGUAGUUAGCAUGGAGGAGACGGAGAUACACUUCAAAGCUCGGCUCGAGAAUUUGAUCCUCGACAUGGGUGUCCACCUUGGCUCGAUCCUAGAGCCUGUGGUUUCCACUAUUAGAAACCUACAUGGCAGCACGGCAUCUCUUGACAAGAAUAUAGCGAACGCAGCGGAAGAUGUCAAAAACCUACGGCACAUCUUGAAGCUCGUUGAGGAUGAAGGCACAGCAUGGGGUCAACAGCAAGCAGUGACUCGACUGCAGGAUGCUCUCGCAAUGAGUGACCUAGUUUCAGACGUUCAAGGCGACAUGGAAAAGCUGUCUGGCACGGUGACAAACUUCGACUCUGCCCUAGAAUGGCUUGCGGGCAGGUUUGUCCAAAUACUUCAGCAAGAGCAAGACAUAUCUAAGCGCCUAAGUAAUCUUGAAACUGCCCUAAGUGGGUCUCAAGUAAUCGCUGAGGACCUGCGCAGCGCUCAGCUAGGGCAGAAUGAACUUCAAGAGCAUCUCCUCACGAAUAUGCGGACCUCCCAAGCUCUUGUCGAUAAAACAACGGCCGCAGCUGCGAACCUGCAGACAAUUGUCGACGACACCGUGAAACGAUAUCAAGAGGUGCCUGCUUCAAGACGUCUCUUAGGUUCAUACCUUACACCUGUGUAUAGCCUUUUAAUCGGCUUUGUUGGUGCACAAAGCCCUAGGGCAGCCAUAGUGCUACUCGUUGUUUCCGUAUAUCAUUCUCUACUUGCUUCAUGA